AUGAUAACUAGGAAAAGUCAUUCAGAAAUGAGAAAAAGUUUAAUUCAAACUGGAGGUGGACCACCAGCGAAAAGUGAAGAUAAUCCAAUAAAUGAACGAGUUCGGUCAGUUGUCCCUACAAUUAGUUAUGUAUACUAAGUGACAUAUAAAUCCGAACACCCAGUUUAAAUGGUUUUAUUUUAAUAAAAGUUGGUGAAUGUAUUUAUACUGUAAAUAACAAGUGAACAAAUUUUCAGCCUUAUCAGUUGGACAUUCCGGUUUUUAUACUGCCUUUUUUUAAUUCACUAACGCUCUAAAAAUGAAUAUUUCAGCCGCAGUAAAGAAUCAACGUUGGCGGAUUUU